AUGGCUUUAGACGAUGCAGAAGCGCAGAAGCAAAUACAGCAAAUGGUAAACUUCAUCCUAAAUGAAGCUAAAGAUAAAGCGCAUGAAAUCGAGGCCAAGGCACUAGAAGAUUUUAACAUAGAAAAAUUAAGAAUAGUCCAAAAGAUGAAGGAGAAAAUAAGACUAGAGUUUCAAAAAAAAGCAAAACAGAUGGAAGUGAAAAGAUCAAUUAGUCGUUCUUCAGCUAUUAAUAAAGCUAGACUUAAAAAAAUGUGUGCAAAGGAUCAAGUUUUUAAAGAAAUUUAUAAAAUAAGUAGUGAUAGAUUAGGGGAAUUGUACAAAGAUAAAGAGAAAUAUAAAAAUCUUAUAAUAGAUUUGAUUGUUCAGUCAUUAUAUUAUAUGCAAGAACCACAUGUUAUAGUCCGUUGUAGAGAUAUUGAUAAGUCUAUUGUUGAAAGUUCUUUAAAUGAAGCAGUUCAAAAAUAUAAUGACAAAUUAAAAAAACAAUUUAAUAUUACCAAAAGUGUAAAAAUAGAAAUUGACAAAUCAGGCAAUUAUUUACCUCCACCACCCUCAAAUGAAAAUGAAGGAAAUUCAUGCCUUGGUGGAAUUAUUUUAACCACACCAAAUAGGAAAAUAAACUGUGAUAACACUUUGGACGUCCGUCUCAAGCUUGCUAUAGAAUACUGUACUCCAGAAAUUAAAAGAAUGUUUUUCGAAACUCUAUAA